AAAGCCAUCCAUCUGUCGAAGACUUGUGUGGUUGUGAUCUUUUCGUUCGUAUGGCUAUUUCUGUUCUUUACACAUAUCAUUUUCUCGUCACUUCACUUCACAGCGAUUGAUAAUAUCGACGAUAUGUUCGCACGAUUGGCUUCCAGUAGACAAUCGCUUAGUUGUACAAGGUUCAUUUACCACUGUAACCCUUUUUUUGAACUCGUCUCAGAGUAUGCAGAAAUCGGUGAACGAUGUGAUCGUGUAGCACCAUUCCAUAAUUUCGGUGUGUAUCUGCUAAGGGGUCAUACAUUCUUCACGAUAAUAUUUCUCAUUUUAGCACUAUUCAUCUUCAUGACCACAAUGAUCUGUCAUUGUAGAAUGCGUAAACAACGUCAUUUACUUGGAAAUGGCGUGCGAUUUACGUCUUCUAUUUGGGCAAUAGUGAGGAUAUCGCAGACGUUGCAAAGUGGUUUCAAUUCGCCAGAAUCGCAGCCUUCACCGAUCCACUCUUCAAUCCUUUGCUCGUUUCCAUUCGAACGCCCGCUUUACGGAGAAAGACAGCAUGAAUCCUAUUCACGCAAGAUUUUCCGCUAUCUCUGUGGUACAUCAUUAGCAAACUGCUGGAAUAAUCGAAGUAAAUGUGUUCUUAUGGGAUAUAAGAGACUCUAUGGAAAAUGA